AUGCUGUCGCUUGGAGGCGACGAGUUUUGGGAGCUGCACCGGCGCUUGGGCGAAUGCUACCGUGCCGAUGUCUACAGAAGUGCUGGCUUCGGUGAGAGCUCGCAGGCUAUGCGGCGAUUUCGCGCAGCUGUCGGCGAAGACGGGGGAGGUAUCAAGGUGAAGUCAGCGUGGGGAGGCCCAGCGCCCGUGGAGCCACUACCACCGCGAUCCUUCAAGUCCGUAGGACCCGCGCAAGAGCCACCAGACCUGCCUGCGUUUGUCAUGGACACGUUCCAGCGGCAGAUCAGCAAUCCGGUUUCCAGCAAGUCGAAAGCAAGGUGGAGCGAUCCUGCCUUCAAGGACGACUUCGUCCGCGCUGUGCAGAGGAAGGUCACCUUCGACGUGCAAAGCGGCAAUGCGCCGAGCGAAGCCCGCAAGACGGCAACGCUGACCUCGAAAGACCUUGAGGCGAUGGUGACCGUGAAUCCGGAGGAGGCUAUGCACUUCGAGCCGCGGGAGUACUGGCGGCGGCAGGGCUCAAACCCCCACCUGGCUGCAGCAUCGGCGACGCACAAGGUCUUCAACUCCCGACGAAACCGCGGUUUUUCCUCGGUCUCGGCGCCGUUGGCGGAGCGGACGAGGUCGGACGAUCAUCCUGGACUUCUGUCCUUAGCGGUGUGGAGCAUUUCCUGA